AUGUCCACUGAAAACAAGUACAAAGAAGACCAACUCAUGAAGGAUGAGUUCGAAGGUACCUAUGAAAAGGUUAUCGAUUCCUUCGAUGGUAUGGAUCUCCCAAAGGAUCUCCUUAGAGGUGUCUACUCUUAUGGUUUUGAAAAGCCAUCUGCCAUCCAACAACGUGCCAUCACUCCAUUGGCCAAGGGUUAUGAUAUUAUUGCCCAAGCCCAAUCUGGUACCGGUAAGACUGCCACCUUCACCAUUGGUAUUUUGUCUCAAAUCAAUACCUCCAUCUUCAAGUGCCAAGCUCUCAUUAUUGCCCCAACUCGUGAGCUUGCCAUCCAAAUCCAAAAGGUCGUCGUCUCACUCGGUGAGUACCUCAAGAUCAAGUGUUACGCCUGUAUUGGUGGUACCAAGGUCUCUGAUGACGUCCAAUCGCUCCAAAGCGGUGUCCACGUCGUCGUCGGUACCCCAGGUCGUGUCCACGAAAUGUUGUCCCGUGGUGUCAUCACCCGUGAAUCCAUCCGUAUCUUUGUCCUCGAUGAAGCCGACGAGAUGUUGUCCCGUGGUUUCAAGGACCAAAUCUACGAGAUCUUCCGUCUCUUGCCAGAAAAGAUCCAAGUCGGUUUGUUCUCUGCCACCAUGACUGAAGAAACCCUUGGCAUCACCACCAAGUUUAUGAACACCCCAGUCAAGAUCCUCGUCAAGAAGGACGAACUCACCCUCGAAGGUAUUCGUCAAUUCUACGUCAAUGUCGGUUCCGAACAAGGAAAGUUUGACGUCUUGACCGAUCUCUACGAAACCCUCUCCAUCACCCAAUCCGUCAUUUUCUGUAACACCCGUAGAAAAGUCGACUGGUUGACCAACAAGCUCACCGAGCAACAAUUCACCGUCUCGUCCACCCACGGUGACCAAAAGGAUCGUGAGGGUAUUCUCUCUUCUUUCCGUUCCGGUAUUACCCGUGUCCUCAUUACCACCGAUUUGCUUGCUCGUGGUAUCGAUGUCCAACAAGUCUCCCUUGUCAUCAACUACGAUAUUCCAGGCAAUCUCGAAAACUACAUUCACAGAAUCGGUCGUUCCGGUCGUUUCGGUCGUAAGGGUGUUGCCAUCAACUUCAUCACCAACAACGAACAAGACAAGAUCCAAGAAUUGAGCACUCACUACAACACUUUCAUCCAAGAAAUGCCAAGUAACAUCAGUGACUUCCUCUAA